AUGCAUUGGCGUAUGAACCAGCAAGAAGGUGUUACAGAAGCUCAGAAGAUGAUGCACCCCCGGAAACAGCUUUCUGGCGAUAUGUCCCAAGUCGCGGACGCUCUGGUGCCGGAUCUUGACGGCAACGGCAGAGCAUACAAUCGCCGCGACUACCAAGAACUUUUCAGUCUGCCUGACGCCAGCGAGACCAGCACUGGCGACAGUGAUGAGAGUGACGAGUCGCUGCCCAGCGUCCUUCACGUAGAGAUGCCGACGAAAAGUCCAGGAAUGGUACCAGUCGCCUACAGUCGCGCCUUGAAUAACCGGAUCAAAGAGCACAUGAUCUCAGAAGGCGGCAGCUACGACAUCCUCAAGUACAAGCCCACAUUCAUACACGAUGUGUUCAUGGCACCAGGUUCACUUUCCAACCUGCUAGGCAAAAGCUCUCCAGAAGACUGCAUCAGAAAAAUGACGCCAGGUCUACUCGCUGGCUUCCACCGCCACGUGCAGCCUACCACUCUCCAGCCAUGCGUGCUGAAAUCAUCCAAAGCACAUGACUACGUCCAGGGCAUCGUAGUCUUCGGCCUCGGCAGAGAGAGCCGCACUCAGUUGCACAAGCACUACAAAGCGUUCGCAAAACGCAAGACUGUGGAGGUCGUUGUUGAGAUUGAAAUCCCAUCACGGCAGAACGCAGGAACUUUCGAGAAGAAGCGGCGCGCAGUGGCUGCACAUGCAUUUCUCUGGCGGGAUAAGCAUGAGCACUUCGAGCCGGAGCGGGUUGGCGACACUUGGACUCUGGAGGAUUACCUGGGUCAAAAUCUUGGGCCCAAGCAGACGGGGCUCCGAAUCUCGCCGACGAUGCGAGGCGACGAGGAUGACGACGGUUACACUGGGCGGGACAUUGUGGAGUAUGAGGUUGAGGCGGAGCAGCGAGAAGUCGUUUUUGGUUCAGCAGGCUCGUUGUCGUAUGAUCGUGCUGAUGCCUUCGCGGGGUGGUAG